GGAGCGCUCGUGCCUCCUCCCUGUGCCAGCCCCUGUCCCCUUGAUGCCUCUGUCCCGCUGGCUGAGAUCUGUGGGGGUCUUCUUGCUACCAGCCCCCUGCUGGGUGCCACAGGAGAGGUGGCUGGGUUCCCUACAGCGGCCCUCCCUGGUGCACCGGGGCUCAGUCCUGGGGGCAUGGCACAGUGCCCGCUGCCGGUGCCAAGUGUGGACAGAGGAGCCUCGAGUACUUUAUUCCUCCCUCAGAAUGAAUGGAGACCAGAAAUUGGAUGUUUAUGACCAAAACAAGCAGAAUUUCAUCCAGCACUUCUCCCAGAUUGUCAAGGUGCUGACUGAGGAUGACCUGGGGCCCCCAGACACAGGAGAUGCUAUUGCCCGGCUUAAGGAGGUCCUGGAGUACAAUGUCAUUGGAGGGAAGUACCAGCGGGGUAUGACGGUGCUGAUAACUUUCCAGGACCUGGUGGAACCCAGCAAGCAGGAUGCUGAUAGUCUCCAGCGGGCCAUGGCUGUGGGCUGGUGUGUGGAACUGCUCCAAGCUUUCUUCCUGGUGGCAGACGACAUUAUGGAUUCAUCCCUCACCCGACGGGGGCAGAUCUGCUGGUAUCAGAAGCCAGGCAUUGGUUUGGAUGCCGUGAAUGAUGCUAUGCUCCUGGAAGCCUGUAUCUACCGCCUGCUGAAGCUCUACUGCCGGGAGCAGCCCUAUUACCUGAACCUGAUGGAACUCUUCCUGCAGACUUCCUAUCAGACUGAGAUUGGACAGACCCUGGACCUCAUCACAGCCCCGCAGAGCAACGUGGAUCUUGGCAGAUUCACUGAAAAGAGGUACAAAUCUAUUGUCAAGUAUAAGACGGCUUUCUACUCCUUCUACCUUCCUGUAGCUGCUGCCAUGUAUAUGGCAGGCAUUGACGGGGAGAAGGAACACGCCAAUGCCAAGAAGAUCCUGCUGGAGAUGGGAGAGCUCUUUCAGAUCCAGGAUGAUUACCUUGAUCUCUUUGGGGACACCAGUGUGACGGGCAAGAUUGGCACUGACAUCCAGGACAACAAAUGCAGCUGGCUGGUGGUACAGUGUCUGCAACGGGCCUCGCCGGAACAGCGCCAGAUCCUGCAGGAGAAUUAUGGGCAGAAAGAAGCUGAGAAGGUGGCCCGGGUGAAGGCACUCUACGAGGAGCUGAAUCUGCAGGCCCUGUUUAUGCAAUAUGAGGAAGACAGUUACAGCCGCCUUCUGGGUCUUAUCGAGCAGUACUCUUCGCCCCUGCCCCAAGCCAUCUUCCUGAGGCUAGCACAGAAGAUCUACAAGCGGAAAAAGUGACCCAGAGACUGCCAGGGCGGGAGGGGAGCGCUCAAUAAAUUAUAGUAUGUCCUCGCUGAA